AAGACUGCUGCUGGAAAGAAACAUCAUUUGUAUUUACUGGAGAAAAGAACUACGAUGGAGUGAAAAACAAGUAUAAAACAAGCUUCCAUAUGCUUGAUGAUUUAUAAGACUUCACUAAUAUAUUGCAACAUCAUAUUCUUAAAAUUACUAGGGUGAUUUUUGAGUGCAAUGCUAAUUAUAUCGUCUUUUACAUUUCUUUAAAGUACUUUGUGAGAGACUCCUGAUUAACUAUGGUCAACUGUUAUCUAAGGCUGUUAAGAAUUUUACUCUUCAUUCAAAUACUUGGUAAAGCCCAGCGUAUCACUCAAGAUGUCAUCAUGAUGCAGUACUUUGAGGGACGAAUUGUACAGCUGGAAGACAGGCUGAUAAAAUGUGACCAAGAUCUUAUGAAAUAUGUGCGAGAGCUCUACGACUUUUCAAAAGAAAUAAGGAACCGUCUGGAUGCUUUAAAUGCUGACAAAACUGAGUUUAAGAACGAUGUGGUGGAUGUGGUGACGAGAGUGGAGAGGAUCGAGAGGGACAUCGACUACUUGGAGUCACAGACACCAACUCAGCCCUGCGUGGAGGUGGAUGAGAAACUACUGGAGCAGCAGGUUAAAGAGGCACAAGGCAAGAAAAAGGCCAAGCAUAAACUGGUUGCAGAUUGUGAUGCUAUGCUGGCGAGUAUCAAGUCACUAAAGAUUGUUAAAAAAGCAGGAGACGUCCAUGGUUCUUGGUUGAAAGACCCAGCCCGGGAAUCGCAGAAGAUUUAUUUUUUCAGUGGGACUAAACAAGAUUUUUUUUUAGAAUUUUCAAGCAUGAAGGCAUUUACUGAAAGCAAUUACAUGCAAGCAGCCAGGAAUAUUACCCUUCCUUUUUUCUGGAAAGGAACUGGCCACGUCGUUUACAACGGCUUUCUGUAUUUUCACAAGAGCGACUCAGUAAACGAGAUCGUUAAAUACCACAUAAGGAAUAAGACUGUGAGCGACCGCAUGCUGUUGCCAGGGGCUGGGAGGGUUCCUGUAUACCAGCUUUCUCCAUACACCUUCAUAGACCUGGCAGUGGAUGAGCAAGGCCUGUGGUCCAUCCAUGCAGACCCCGAUACGGGUGGAAAUAUAGUGAUCACCCAAAUAGACCGUGCAAGCCUGGCAGUGGAGCACAGCUGGGACACAACCUGCACUAGCAAGGAUGCCGAAGCUGCUUUCAUAAUGUGCGGCACUCUUUAUGUUGUUUAUAACUCGCAUUACAGGGGACGAUCGACAGUACAGUGUUUAUACGAUGUGUACGAUAUGAUAAGUAAUGAGGAGCCUCCUGUUCUGUAUUUUCCAAAACGCUACGGUAGCCAUUCCGUCAUGCACUACAACCACAAGGAGAAACAGAUUUACUCUUGGGAUGAAGGGCACCAGGUGAUUUAUAGAUUGUCCACUAAGAAGAAAUUAGAAAAUCCAUAAUCUGAAACAGUGAAUUCAGAGCACUGACAAAUAGAUUUGCUGAUCAAUGCCCGGCAUUGCUGUCACAUUAAACUGGUCUGCAGUUGAGUGAAAGUUAGUUAAGCUAAAUAAACAGCAUCAUAAAUGGAGACGAUAGAACAAAAUACAGUAGUAAUAAUACAAAAAUACAUCAAAACACUGUAUUUAGAGACUUGAUUUCCAGUUUGUAGAACUCAGAAAUAAAUAUUUGUAAACACUGUGUAUGCACAUAUCGUAUACCUUUCAUUCCAUUCCAUAGCAUUCUAUUUUAACCCAACCAAUCUAUAAUAAUUGAUUUAUACAGGUCAGAUUUUGCUUGAGCAUUGUAUCCAACACAUACCUGCUAAAUAGUUUGUUGUGACAGCAGAGACUGACUUAUACAUUGCAUGGUUUUAGAACCCAUUUCUAUUAUUUAAAAUAUAACCAAGAUGGUUCAGUGCAGAAAAUUGCAGAAUUUGCAGGCCACAGCUUGAUAAAAUCUUGACAACAUCGUUUUUUAAAUUCUAAUAAUAAUAAUAAUAAUAAAGAGCAAAGCUGGCUUUGCUUUGAUUACUAGUUGAUUGCUUUUUACAAACAACCAAACUAUAAAACUCUGACAUGAAAUCGCACCAUGUAUCUGGUUUUGAAGUUUGAAUGUAGUAUGUUUAAAAUAAGAAGGUUUGAUCUAUUAUUAGUACAUUAUAUUUACCAGUAGGUUAAAUUAUAUAAAAAAAAAACAAAUGGGCCUUUUCUGACAAUAUGGGAAUAAAAUAUG